CACUUUAAUGAAAGUGGCCUCUUCCCUCCUGCUUGAAGCUGUAUCACAUAUAUUUCCCAGCUCUCACGUGACACUGGUCCCAUGCUGAUAGGUCCGUGCGCAUUUUAAUUCUGGCUAUAAAAGCCUAUUCUUAAUCAGGGAGGAAUAGGAUUUAGGGAUAAGGGUGAGGUUUGGCUGCAUCACUUGCAUCUCUAGUCAUGAAGAGCAAAGAAGAGGCGGGGUUCACAUGUAAUGCAGCAUCAGGGGGAGGAAUUGCUUAUGUAACUGGGAUAGAUUUAGUGGAAGGCGAGAGGAGGCAGAGGCUGGGGAUGGGAGCAGUAAGCUGUCAGCAAGGGCAACACACCCGGGUGGCUGCUGCUCAUAAGCAGGGUGGCAACAUUCAGGGUCCCUGGGUCCGAGGCUGGAAGAGCCUCUGGUCAGCUGUGGGGGCCACCAGGUCAGGUCUGGAAGAGCUGUGGGGACUACGGGGGCAUCAGUGCCUGCACCAGGAGCAGCCAGUCCCACUGCUAGUAGAGAAGCCUCUGUCUGAGUGGCCAGUGCCUCAGUUCAUCAACCUCUUUCUGCCGGAGUUCCCCAUUAGGCCCCUUAGGGGGCAUCAGCAGCUGAAGAUUUUAGGCCUUGUGGCUAAGGGGUCCUUUGGAACUGUCCUCAAGGUGCUAGAUUGUGGCCAGAAAGCAGUAUUUGCAGUGAAGGUGAUGCCCAAGGUGAAGGUCCUACAGAGAGACAUCCUGAGGCAGUGCAAAGAGGAGGUUAGCAUCCAGCGACAGAUCAACCAUCCUUUUGUACACAGUUUGGGGGACAGCUGGCAGGGAAAACGGCACCUCUUCAUUAUGUGCAGCUACUGCAGCACAGAUCUGUACUCCCUGUGGUCUGCUGUUGGCUGCUUUGCUGAGGCUUCCAUCCGCCUCUUUGCUGCUGAGCUGGUCCUAGUGCUGUGCUAUCUCCAUGACUUGGGCAUCAUCCAUCGAGAUGUAAAGAUGGAGAAUAUCCUUGUGGAUGAACGAGGCCAUCUGAAACUGACAGACUUUGGUCUGUCCCGCCAUCUGCCCCGGGGAUCUCAAGCCUAUACUAUCUGUGGCACUCUUCAAUACAUGGCCCCAGAGGUCCUGAGUGGAGGGCCUUACAACCAUGCUGCUGAUUGGUGGUCCCUAGGUGUCUUGCUUUUCUCUCUGGCAACUGGAAAGUUCCCAGUGACUGCAGAGAGAGAUCAUGUGGCCAUGUUGGCAAGUGUGACCCACUAUGACUCGGAGAUCCCAGCUUCUCUUAACCAGGGGCUCUCACUUCUGCUCCAUGAGCUCUUAUGCCAGAAUCCCCUCCACCGGCUACGUUAUUUGCAUCACUUCCAGGUCCACCCUUUCUUUCGGGGUGUGGCCUUUGACCCAGAGCUCCUACAGAAGCAGCCAGUGAACUCUGUCAUGGAGAUACAAGCUACCCAGCCCAGUCCAUCAGAGUCCCUGCUCUUCAAGGACUUUGACUGUAACCUGGAGUCCUACCUGGUCCACCCCAGCCUUGCUUGA